CCCGGAUCAUGCGCCCCCUGUUCGCCCUGAUGUCGGGUCCGAGCAAGGACAUUACCUGGGACGAGGAGUCCGCCGCCGCUUUCGUUCAAACGAAGGAAGCUUUGGCGAACGCCGCAAUGCUAGUACAUCCCAGAAUGGACGCCCCUACCGCCCUCACAGUGGACGCAUCAAACAGGGCAGUCGGUGGGGUGCUGGAGCAACUCAUCGCAGGUCGCUGGCAACCCCUGGCGUUUUUCAGCAAACACCUGCGACCACCCGAGCUCAAAUAUAGUGCUUUCGACCGGGAACUGUUGGCGCUCUACCUGGCAAUCCGGCAUUUCAGGUACUUCCUAGAAGGUCGUCCCGCCAGCAACGCCACCUGUCCUACAUCUCUGAAUACACGACGGAUGUCCGGCACGUCUCGGGUAAGGACAAUGUCGUGGCGGAUGCUCUCUCUCGCCCUACCGUUCAUGCCCUUUCCCAAGGGAUCAAGAAGGAACAAUAUACGAAUUGUGGGUCUUCCUGAGUUGGUCGAAGGCAAUCGACCUUCAGAAUGUUUUCCAAAGCUGUUCGCUCGUUUGUUUUCUGACGUUUUGGAGACUCCGCCUGGAAUAGACCGGGUACACCGAGCCCCGGUGUUUAACUCCUCUUCUCAACAGAAACCUCGACCUGUGCAACGAUCAAAAGUGCAGGCAUCAAGGUCGAUGACGUCACCGAAUAGCACGCAUGCGCGCCGUACACAAAGGACCUCCGGAGGAUCGGUAAAGAAACUUUGUUUCUAA